AGAAGUCUGAAACUUGAAAUAGUAUAAGAAAUACUGAACUGUAAAGAAAGGACUAUGAGGAUACUGAGGAUUCCAAACUGAAUAAAUCAUUCACCAAAUAUUGUGGAGCCUGUAUAUCCUCUUGCAAGUCCCCAGAUGAAUACCAGGUUUCCUUCAAGCAGGAUGGUACCUUUCUACUUUCCUCCAUCAAAAUGUGCACUUUGGAACCCAAUGCCAAUUGGAGAUUUCAUCUAUUUACAUCUCAAUUACUACAGAAAUCCAAGGCUUGUGGUAACUGAAAAGUCUGUCCGACUUGCUUAUCGUCAUGCUAAGCAGAAUAAAAAAGAAUUGCCAUGCUUUUUACUUGGUUUUCUCACAGUGGAUGAAGAUGAAGAAGGUGUAACAUUGACAGUAGAUCGCUUUGAUCCUGGUCGAGAAGUACCAGAAUGCUUAGAAAGAACCCCUACUGCGUCUCUUCCUGGGGACUUUUUGAUUCCAUGUGAAGUUCAUACCCAAGGAUUUUGUUCAAGAGAAAUGAUAGUUCACAAUACAGAUGACCUGAGUUCAACUUUUAAGGCUCUACAGCACCAUGUAUGUAGUAAAGAUUCCUUGGACUGUGGUAAGCUGCUUUCCCUAAGAGCUCAUAUCACCUCCAAGGAGAGUUUGGACAGUGUGGAGUUUGACUUGCACUGGGCAGCAGUAACUCUAGCAAAUAACUUUAAAUGCACACCUGUGAAGCCCAUCCCCAUUAUUCCAACAGCUCUGGCAAGAAACUUAAGCAGUAAUGUAAAUAUUUCUCAAGUUCAAGGGACCUAUAAAUAUGGAUAUCUUACCAUGGAUGAAACACGCAAAUUGUUACUUUUGCUGGAAUCAGAUCCCAAGGCUUAUUCUCUACCAUUAGUGGGAAUUUGGCUGUCUGGAAUUAUACAUAUCUAUAGUCCUCAGGUAUGGGCUUGUUGCUUGCGAUACAUAUUCAGUUCUUCUAUUCAAGAAAGGGUUUUUUCAGAAUCUGGAAAUUUUAUCAUAGUUCUCUAUUCUGUGACACAUAAGGAGCCUGAGUUUUAUCAAUGCCUCCCUUGUGAAAGCAAUGUAUCUGACCUUCGAUUUCAGCUACUAACCAGCAAGGAAACUUUACAUCUUUUCAAAAAUGUUGAACCUUCUGACAAAAAUCUAAUCCAUUUUGAACUCAGUGCUGAAAACCAAAAUGCAGAAACAGAGUUUUUCAACAAGAUUUCUCAGAAUCUUUCAAUUAAGAGGUCUUCCCAAAAGUUAUCUCCUGGGAAAAUGCCAGUAAAUGAUCAUGACUCUGGUGUUGAAGAUGAAGAUUUUUGUCCAAGACCAAUUCCUAGUCCUCAUCCAGUGAGCCAGAAGAUUUCUAAGAUCCAACCAUCUGUUCCUGAACUUUCACUUGUAUUGGAUGGCAAUUUCAUAGAAUCAUACCCUCUGCCUAAGUCAUUGGAGAUAGUGAAUAAGGAAAAUCCUCCUUUGUUGAUAAACCACUCUGAACACUUGAAGCCAUUGCAACCCCAGCUUUGUGAUGAGAAACACAGCCCAGAAGCUGAAGCUGGAGAGCCAUCCUUGAGUGGAUUAUCAGAUCAGUUAAACCAGGGCACUGUUUCUUUGAGACAUUGCAAAGUAAGACAAUCAUCCACCUGUGUGAAAGGGAACCCCUGUAUCAGGAACAAUGUUAAACCGUCUUUUCUUAACGGGCCUGAUACAUCUGAAAAGCUUCAAGCAGUUUCUGCUGGAAAUGUACAAAUAGAAGAGUAUCCUGUAAGACCCUCCACAUUUAAUUCUAGGCAGUCUUCUCUUGUCCCACAGUCCCAUCCACACAGUUUUAUUUUUUCAACCCAUAAUUCAGGAAAACCAAUGGAACUUCAGAUAUCUACUCCCCCACCAUCAUCUUACUAUUCCACAAAUGUCUGCAGUUGUUGUCAGCAUCAUGGCCAUAUUCGAUACAAUCCAGUAAAUUCUUGGCAAGGAAUAAAUACAGUAGGAUCCAUUCAAGAGCUCCAGUCCAAAGCCUUUCAGAAGCAUUCAUUAUUUCACCCAAGUGGUUGUCCAUCUCUGUGCCCUAAUGCAUUCUAUUCUUCAAGUAGUCCUAUAGCCUUGAGACUUCAAGGAGGCCCAGGUGGUUCUCCCCACAGCAAUGUAGAACCAUCGCCUGUGGCAAGACUGCCUUCACAUAUGGACUCGUGUAACCCACAUCUUUGUGCAGUGUGCAUGCAAACACCCAAGACUGGGUCAGAUAAUGGAAUGAUGGGACUAUCUCCAGAUGCAUAUCGGUUUCUCACAGAACAAGACAGACAGCUGAGACUACUUCAGGCGCAGAUUCAGCGUUUGUUGGAAGCACAGUCUCAGAACCCUUGUUCCCCUCAGACGACUGCUGUUGAUGACACAGUGCAAGCUGCAAGACAGAUGGAGUUGGUUUCCAUGGAAGCACAGUCUUGCCCUGGCUUGAACAUGAGAAAAAGUGUAAGCAUUGCUGUGAGCACAGGUGCUAGCUUGUUUUGGAAUGCAGCAGGUGCUGAUCAAGAGCCUGACUCUCAGCUGAAGCAGGAUGAUACCAAGAUUUCCAGUGAGGACAUGAAUUUUUCUGUUGAUAUUAAUAAUGAAGUCACAAGUCCUCCAGAGAGUGCAUCUUUGUUAAAAGCAGUUGAUAUUCCCAGUUUUGAAGAGAGCAACAUUGCUGUGGAAGAAGAAUUUAAUCAGCCAGUUUCUAUAUCCAACAGCAAUUCUCCAGUUGUGAAAAAAGAACCUGAUGUGCCUGUGUUCUUUCCAAAUGCCCUGCUGGCAGAGAGUGUAAGCAUGUGCUUACAGACUGGGCCAACAGAGGGUGCUAGUAACAACUCUGAAAUGUCGGGGGAACCAAAAAUUGAGCAAAUAAUGCAACCCUUGCCUCCUCAACCAUCAGAUGACCAGAAAAUUUACCAGGAUUUAUUGGGUCAGGUGAACCACCUAUUAAAUAACUCCUCCAAAGAAACUGAACAGCCAUCCACCAAAGCAGUGAUUAUCAGCCAUGAAUGUACCAGAACCCAAAAUGUUUACCAUACAAAGAAAAAAAAACAAGAUUCAGGACUGGUGGACAAAGACUGUGUUCUUAAUGCAACUCUUAAGCAACUAAGAAGCCUUGGAGUAAAAAUUGAUUCUCCCACUACAGUAAAUGCACAUAAAGUGGAUCAUGCCAGUGUGUUGGCGUGCAUCAGUCCAGAAGCAGUGAUCUCUGGAUUAAACUACAUGUCAUUUGCUAAUGUUGGCAUGAGUGGUUUAAGCCCCAGUGGUGUGGAUUUGAGCAUGGAGGCAAAUGCUAUUGCUCUGAAAUAUUUAAAUGAAAAUCAGCUGUCACAACUCUCUCUUACCCGAUCAAACCAAAAUAACUGUGAGUCAUCUUUUAGCCUUCUACAUGUCAAUACAGACAGAAGCACAGGGGGACUUAGUUUAAUUUCACCAAACAACAUGUCAUUUGCAACCAAAAAAUAUAUGAAGAGAUAUGGACUCAUACAAAGCAGUGACAAUAGUGAAGAUGAAGAGGAGCCUCCCAAUAAUGCAGAUAGCAAGAGUGAACAUUUAUUGAAUCAAAAUCUUACAUCCCUAUCUGAACAACUUGGUCAUCAGAAAGAGCCUUCUAGGAAUGCCAGUGAAAUAAUUCAUUGUUAUAACUGUGAAUCUGUGAGCACCCACACAGAUAUGCCAGUAUUGAGAAAUAUUACAAAUGAAGUUAUGCAGCCAAAAGCAACACAGCAGAGGAAUGAAAGUCCUGCUUUCUUAUUAAAGAACUUUAAGCCAAGUCCUGCAGUGAACCUCCGAACUGGAAAAGCAGAGUUUACUCAACAUCCUGAGAAAGAAAAUGAAAGGGACAUUCCAAUUUUUCCUGAAAGUUUGCAACCUUCUGAAAAUUUAAAGCAAAUGAAUAGCAUGAAUUCAGUAGGCACCUUCUUAGAUGUAAAGCGUCUCAGACAGUUGCCAAAAUUAUUUUAAACCUUUAACUCCCUGCUCCUCUGAUAUGGGGACAGGGUGUCUCCGGAAGAUACUUAGGGAAGCCAGAGCCUUUUGGUAGUUGUGGGAUUCCUAAUCCUUCUAGGAGUCUGUUUCUUGGUAGCAGCUGAUUGCAACGAGCUAAACAAGUGGCUUGAUUGUCUGUGAGAUGGCUGGCGAAUGUGAAGGUUAAGUUCUUGUUCAGAUGGAGCUGUUCAGCAUCCAUGAAACCUUUAAGAAAAACAAGUAAACCCUGAGAUCAUUUAUUUCAACAAAUUUAGGUAAACAGACAUUGUCCAACUCAAUCUGAACUGCUCUUUUAUACUAUGUAUUUUAAGACAUAAAUCCAUUUUUUUAGCAUGUGCAUCUCUGCAUCUACCCAGUAUCACUAAAAAAACAAAGUUAUCAUGACCUGGCUAAAUUAGCAAAUCAACCCUUCUUGAGUUUAAUGGGAAAAUUAUUCUUAAAAAUAACUUAAAAUCUUAUAUACAAGGAGUGUAUUUCCUCUUAAUUAAGAUGCAUAUUUGUUGAACUCUGGAAAUAAAACUUUUGCAGUCUGGUGGGUUGAUGUUAAUAGCUUUAAUGUAUAGCACUAACUAUCACAGAAUAAGAAAAUUAUUGGGUCUGAGUGCGUUUU